CUUCCGCAUCCCCAGUUUUCAAUCCUGCAACGCGUUUGGUGAAGUGUGGUGCCGCUGACUGAGGUUAAAGGUUUGUCUCCAGGUUUUGAGCACAGACUACCACCUGAUGCAGGCUGUCAGAAAUUUCUUCCGGCCUGCGUGGUCUUCUGCUGAAAGGCUGCAUGACAAAACUGUGGUCAUCACUGGUGCCAACACUGGUAUUGGCAAAGAGACAGCCAUCGACCUGGCAAAGAGAGGGGCAAAGGUCAUCAUGGCGUGCCGGGACAUGGAGAGAGCUCAGGCCGCCGCGACAGAAGUCAUUGAAGUGUCAGGCAACAACAAUGUCGUCUGCAUGAAACUCGACUUGGCGGAUAGCAAGUCGAUCAGAGAAUUCGCCGAAGCCAUCAACAAAGGAGAGCCCAAACUCAACAUCCUCAUCAACAACGCUGGUGUAAUGGUUUGUCCUUAUGGGAAAACAGCAGAUGGCUUCGAGAUGCAGAUCGGUGUCAAUCACUUUGGUCACUUCCUGUUGACGUAUUUGUUGAUCGACCUGAUUAAGAGGUCGACGCCGGCCAGGAUCGUCAACCUGUCGUCCAUGGCUCACGCCUGGGGCUCCAUCAACCUGGAGGACAUCAACAGCGAGAAGAGUUACGACAAGAAGGCAGCCUACUCUCAGAGCAAGCUGGCCAAUGUCCUCUUCACCCGCUCACUGGCUAAGAGACUAGAAGGCACAGGUGUGACGACAUAUUCCCUCCACCCCGGAGUCGUGCAGACAGAUUUAUGGCGUCACCUGAAUUCCCCUCAGCAGGUCCUCAUGAAGAUGGUCAGUCCUUUCACCAAAAACCCUACCCAGGGAGCCCAGACGACCAUUUACUGCGCAGUGGAGCCAUCGCUGGAGAAGGAGAGCGGUGGAUACUACAGCGACUGUGCCCCCGCCAACUGCUCGGCGGCCGGUAAAAACGACGAGCUGGCGCAGAAGCUGUGGGAGCUGAGCUGUCGGCUGCUGUCGAUAACGUGGGAAUGAGGCGACCUUGAUUUGAAAUAAAAUCCUUCACUGCACAGUCUGUUCUUUCCUAACAGGUGCUAUAUACUGUAUGUUAUUUCUAACACUGCCUGCAGAGAAGUAAUGUACAAAACACAAGUUUUCUUACAGUUUCAUAUUUUUCCAGCAGCUCUUUGUUUUACGUACUAACAUUCAUAUUUGCACAACAUGGAACUAUUUCUACAUGAUUUAAGUUUAUGAUACUAAUUUAUAGAAAUGAUCACAAACUUUAAUGCGUUUCUAUCCAUUUUUAACAGCUUUGCAGUGGAUAUUUGGAUAAAAUUGAGGAAAACCCUUUUUAAUGAGUCAAUACAGUUUUCUACAUUCUGUACCUGUAUUUUCUGACAUUAAACCCAGAGUAACGCUCCAUUCUUCUGUUCUUGUUUCUACUUUCACACCCUCGAUACUUCACUUUUUUCUCAAGAAACACAUUUUUUAGCCAACUGCAUACUUAUUGACAGGGAUAAAGUAAACAGAUGAUUUGUUUUAUACCCUCAUCUUACCUCUGUGUCCUCUUUGAUAGAGCAUGAUAAAGUCACAGUAUGAUCCCUGAGUUGAUCCCUGACAAU